ACUGGCCGAUACCCAGGAAGUCGUCGUGUUACUUCUCCUCCUCCUCCUCCUCCUCCUUCUCCUCCUCUUCCAGUCUCGUGAGAAAGAAGAUAAACUAAAGGGGCGUUAAGUUGCGUUGAUAGCCAGGAAACUACCCGGAGAACAGUUUAACGGCAGCUGCACGAGGCCUCUCGGUUCCCGUCGAUCAACUUUGCCGGUUGUCAUCGAAGAAACGGCGGAGAAAUGGGCACCAGAGGAGGAAGUGGCCACUCUGUCAGGAUGGAAGAGGAUAUUCAAAGCUGAGGAUCUGUCAGAAUCACAAGUUUCCUGCAAGAUGUUUCCGGUCCCCCGUCACAUUUCAUCUGUCUUUGCAUUUAGCGACACUGACUUGUGUCUUUUUAACUUUUGUCACUGCACAGGAAGCAAGCAGCUUGGUGCAACUCCAGAUCUUUGAUCAUGUGCUUGUGAUGAUACGCAGCCAGCCCUUCCCAUAUCCCAUUCCUAUUGUCUGUAACAAGGACACGUCUUUCUAUUCAGACCCUGUCCUCUUCAACCCACCUCCCUCUCUCUGAGUUACUGUGCCAUGCUCCGCAAGAGAGGCUCUGUCAUUCUUUGUGGCGCAUUCCUGUUUAUCACCUGGAACGCCAUACUGGUCCUUCUGCUGCGGGGCAGACCCCUCCCCGGCCAGCUGAGUGAACCUGGCGAAGAGCAGAAAAGAGCGGCUGCAAGGCCUACCAAUGAUGUGGUGGGAGAUGUGCUUCGAAUCGCAGACACGUUCGAAGCAGAGCUCGAAAGACAGAAAAAAAUCCUGCUGGAGAUCCAGAAUCAUCAUUCACAGUGGGAGUCAUCAAACAGAGAUGGACCAAAGGUCGUCGUCCCCCGUCAGCCUGUCAUUCCUAUCCUGGUUAUCGCCUGUAACAGGGUCACGGUGAGGCGCUGCUUGGACAAACUCCUGCAGUACCGACCUUCAGCAGAGCUUUACCCAAUCAUAGUGAGUCAGGACUGUGGGCACGCGGAGACCGCCGAGGUUAUUCGCUCUUAUGGGGACAAAGUAACUCAUCUGAAGCAGCCGGACCUGUCAGAUAUUGCCGUGCAACCACAGCACAAGAAGUUUCAGGGUUACUACAAAAUCUCCAGGCAUUACCGGUGGGCUCUCAACCAAGUUUUCAAGACCCUUUCUCACUCAUCUGUUGUGAUUGUAGAGGAUGAUCUGGAGGUGGCGCCAGACUUCUUUGAGUACUUCCGAGCCUUGCUGCCACUUCUGAAAUCUGACCCCAGUUUGUGGUGUGUAUCCGCUUGGAAUGACAAUGGGAGGGACGGCUUUGUGGAUCCAGGAAAAGCUAACCUGCUCUACCGGACAGACUUCUUUCCCGGUUUGGGUUGGAUGCUCCUUAAGGAUGUGUGGGAGGAGCUGGAGCCAAAGUGGCCUGCUUCAUUCUGGGACGACUGGAUGCGUCAGCCAGAGCAGCGCCGCAACCGUGCCUGUAUACGCCCAGAGAUCUCAAGAACUUUGACAUUUGGCCGGCAAGGCGUAAGUCUGGGUCAGUUUUAUGACAAGUACCUGCGUUACAUUAAACUGAAUUCCGAAUUUGUGCCUUUCAGCAAGUUAGACCUGGGUUACUUGAACGAGGAGACGUAUAGAAAAGCUUUUGAGAAAGAAGUUUACAGUGCUCCUGUGGUUACAUAUGAAGAUGUUAAGCAGGGGAAGCUAAAAGGAUCUGGGCCUUUCCGCCUUCAAUACUCAAGAAAGGACAGUUUCAAAGUGAUGGCCAAAAACCUGGGAAUCAUGGAUGACUUGAAGUCCGGAGUACCUAGAACAGGGUACAGAGGCGUCGUCAGUUUUAUGUCAAGGGGACAGAGAAUCUACUUAGCCCCUCCUCCAGGAUGGACCCAGUAUGAUACCAGCUGGAGCUAAUAAUCCAGAAGAAAAGCCGAUGUGAAGCCUUUAUGUAAAUGUCAGUUGGUGAAAUCAUUCCAGACCAAAGACUGAUGUUCUAAUAGUUCUUGAUUGAUUGAAUGAUAUCUACUCUAGAUUGUUGUCCUUGAUAAUGCAGAAUGGAUUGUUCUUCUUUCUGGUGUAGGGGUUAUUGCCAAUACCACUCAGGUCUUUUUCAUUAUUCCAAAACAUUUCUUACAGUGUAGGAAAAAAGGCCUAAACAGUUUGUUAGACUGCUGUUAUUCACCAGAGAUCUAUUUUUAUAUUAUGCUAAUUGUGCACAUGACAUUCAUUAAUGCAUUCAAUGCAGUUGCCUAGUUUUUGAUGCUUUUGUUUAAAUUAUUUGCAAUUUCUGGUAGCUUAUAAUGUACUGUUUAUGUCCGAGACAAAUGUAAAACAAUCUGUGGUAUGGUUGCUCAUGGUGAUGGUGACUGGUCAUAACUGCAGUAUAAUCUGUCAUUUGAUUAUCAGUGUUGUCGACUACAAAAAUCAGUUCUUCCUGCUUACACUUUAAUGUCUAAUGAUUAUGUUUAAUGAUUAUCUGAUGUAGUGCUCACUGCAGGUUUGUUACCUUGCAAACUACAUUUGUGUGUUUGUAUUUUUUAAAUAAAAAAUAAUACACAAUUUCA